CACUUUCGCCGCUGGGGCUUGACACUGGUGUGGAAAAGAUGGCUGCUUCGGCGGCAACAGCGAGUUCUCCCCCCGGUUUGUGUCCAAAUUACGCCGUGGUUUGCUCGUUCCUGGAGCGAUACGGAGCCCUGUUGGACUUGCCGGAGCUCACCUUCCCUCAGCUGGAGAGAUACCUGCAGGACACAUCCUCAGUUCCAAAGCUGCUGGUUGAUCUUCAUGUCAAGCUGCUAAGGAAGAUUGGGAAGUCGGUUUCUGCAGACAGAUGGGAGAAAUACCUCGUCAAGAUAUGCCAGGAGUUCAACACAACCUGGGCGUGGGAACUGGAGCAGAACGGCUACAAGGAGCUGUCCAUGGAGUGCAAGACAGACAUCCUGAAGUAUUUAUGUGAGAUCCAAUUUGAUGAGAACGUGAAGUUCAAGACCGCCAUCAACGAUGAAGAUCCGGACAAAAUGCGGCUGCAGCCGAUUGGCCGGGACAAGGACGGGCAGAUGUAUUGGUUCCAGCUGGACCAGGACGACAACGUGCGGGUUUACGUAGAGGAGCAGGACGACCUGGACGGCGCGUCGUGGAAAUGCAUCGUUAGAACCAGAAAUGACUUAGCUGAAGUUGUCGCUCUCCUAAAGACACAAAUCGAUCCCGAGCUGCUGAAGAGAGACCUGGAACAAAAAAGUAAAGCAGAGGGGGAGGCAGACAAAGACAAAGGCAACACAAAAAAGGCUGACGAUACGUCGGAUGAAGACCUGAAAGACAAAAAUGAAGGAACAGAAAACUCGGAGGUGAAACCAGAAAGUAAACUGCCACUAAAUGGCGUCAUCGAAGCUAAACUGGAGCCAGAACUCGUUUCAGAAACCGUCAGCACCAAGGCUCAAAGCAUCAAAGAGGAGCCAAUGGAGGCGGCGGACUCCAAACCGCCUCCGACCGACCCGACGCCACACUGCACCGCUGUAAAGGGAGAGGAGGUGAAGAAGAGCGGCUCGGAGGAGAUCCAGCAAACCCUGAAAAAUGACCAGCAGGCCAAAAUCCCACUGAAGAAACGGGGAAUGAAGUUCAGCGAGGACUUUGGUGAGAAAAACGGCACCAUCACAGCACAAAAUCUCUCUGUUCCCGAGUCAAAUCUGGAGCAGAAAGUUCAGAGAAUAAACGAUCAGGUGAACGGCGAAGUUUUGCCUCCAGUGGACGGAGAACCCGAGAAACAGAGAAGUAAAGAUAAACCCACGGAAAACCUUCCUGCUGCUGCUGCAGGUGGCAAUAAAUCACUCCAGGAUGACUCGACAAGAACUGAAGAAAAGAAAACUGAAAACAGAGAAACAAACAAACCUCCCCAAGACGCAACGCUGGCGUGUGAAGACGGGGACAAAUCAUCCAAUCAGGAAGAAGAGGAGAAAAUGGACGAAUCCGAACCAGCAGAGGUCAAAGCAAAAGAAACAGGUGAAGCAAAUCCUGAUGGUAACAUCAGGAUUUCCAUUUCCUGUGUGGAAACGGACGUAUCCGAAUCGAAAAAAGAGUUGAGUGUUGGCGAGUCGGAUUCAUCUGAAGCGAAAGACAUGAAGGAAAGCAACAAAACUAAAGACGUGGAUCUUGCACAGGAAGUUUCUGCAGAGAAAGAUCUGACGAAAAAAGAUCCUGUAGAGAAAGAUCAGACCAUAAAAGAUCCCGUAGAGAUGGUUCAGACGACAAAAGAUCCUGCAGAGAUGGUUCAGACGACAAAAGAUCCUGCAGAGAUGGUUCAGACGACAAAAGAUCCUGCAGAGAAAGUUCAGACGGUAAAAGAUCCUGCAGAGAAAGUUCUGGUGACAAAAGUUCCUGCAGAGAAGGAUCCUACAGAGAUAGACUCUGCAGAGAAAGAUUCAACGGAAAAAGAUCCUGUGGCGAAAGAUCCAACAAUAAAGGAGCUAAUGACAAAGGAUCCUGCAGAGAAAAAUCCUCCAAAGAAAGAUCCAAUGAUCCUUUCUCCUGUAGAGAAAGAUCAGACAAAAAACUUCUCUGCAGAAAAAGAUCCUGCAGAGAAAGAUUCGACAAAGACUUCUGCAGAGAAAGAUCCUGUGGCGAACGAACAGUUGAUAAAAGAGUCAAUGACAAAAAAUCCUGCAGAGAAAGUUUCUCCAGAAAAAGAUAUUGUAGAGAAAGAUUUGACAAAUGUUUCUGCAGAGAAAGAUCCUACAAAGAAAGAUUUGACGACAAAAGAUUCUGUAGAAACAGAUCAGACAAAAAAUGUCUCUGCAGGAAAAGAUUCUGUUGAGAAAGAUCUGGUGACAAAAGUUCCAGUGGAGAAAUAUUGUGCAGAGAAAGAUUCAACAAAAAAUGUUGUGGCAAAAGAUCCAACAAUAAAAGAUUUAACGGUAAAAAAUCCUGCAGAGAUGGAGUCUGCAAAGAAGGAUCAGACGACAAAGAUUUCUGCAGAAAAGGGCCCUGUGGCGGAAGAUUUGACAAAAGAUCCAACAAAAGGUCCUACACAGAGAGAUUCGACAAAAAAAGAUUCUGUAGAAACGGAGUCUGCAACGAAGGAUGUGCUGAAAAAAGUUUCUGCGGAGAAAGAUCCGGCAGAAAAGGAUCCUGUGGCUAAAGAUGCAAUGAAAACAGGUCCUGUAGAGAAAGACCUGUCGGAGAAGGAUUCAACAGUAAAGGAUCCUUCAGAUAAAGAUCCUGUGCAGAAAUCUGCUGAACCUAAAGCUACGAUAAUUCAGUGUGCUGAUGCAAAAACAGACAAACCAAUAAUCACUGACAAAUCAGGAGAGAGAACAGAAGCACCUCAUGUAAACAAAGACAAAUCAGAGUCAGGUACACCAAACAGAAAGAGUGACGACGUUGAAGAGGUGAGUUCAGAAAAUCGACAAGACGUAAAGAAAGAUUCAAACUGCAAAGAUGGUACGAUAUGCGACUCCAGGCUUACAGGAGAAGAAUCGGGUGAUGAAAACAAUCGGACGAAGAUGCAAACUGAUGAGAAAAACUCUGAACAGAAAUCCUGCGAACAGACAGAUAAACCAUCUAGUCCUGCUGAGAAGAAAAAAUCCCCCAAAGAAACAGGAUCUAAACGGAAAGAGGAGGAAGUGUCGUUGACAAUCAAGGAGCCACCAUCAGAAAAUAAGAAAGAAAUUUCGCCUGACAAAGGAAAGGAGGAUGAUUCCCAAAAACGUGAAAUAACGGAUGAAGAAGCUCAGAAGCAAAACAAAACUGAGUCGAGUCCAACAAAUUCAAGCAAAGAAUCAGAGUCCUCAAAAGAAAUGCCAGAAAAACAAACCAAAGGAGCAGCCGGCGACGCGCCUGCAGACUGCAGCAGGAAACCAGAACAGGUGCGGAACGGCGACGGGGGCUCUCCACCACAAGAGGGCGCACGUCGACGAAAUAGGCCACCGGCGCACAGAAGAAGAGCCGAGCUGCAGAGGGAGGAUCGCCACGGUGACUCGGAGUCGGACACGAACACGGGGCGGUGUCUGAGGCGGUCGCCGAGGAUCUCCAGGCCAACGCAGAAGGCCGUGGAGGUUCAGGAGAAGAAGAUGGAGAAACUCCCGCCCACUCCUUUUGCUCAGGACCAUGACAAAGACCAAGACAAGAAAGAAGAGGAGGAGGAAGAGGAAAAGGCGGAUGUGAAGACUGUUCAAAAGAAACCCAAAGAGAAAAAGGCUGAUCAGGAGGGCCAGCCAAAACCCAAAGGGAGAAAAAGGCGGAGAACUCGGUGGUCCAACACUCGAACGCGCAGGAAAAGGAAAAACUCUGACGACGAGGACGAGAACAGCGAGGAGUCAUUGAGCGAAGAGGAGGAGAGCGAGGAGGAGGAUGACAGCGACGAAGACUACAAGGUCGAGCGAAGCCGGAAGAGGAGGAACCGGAACCGGGAGAGGCGGAGCUCGGACUCGUCCACGUCUUCCGACGACGAUCUACCUCCAAACGACGACCCGUGCAAACACUGUGGUCUUCCAAAUCAUCCUGAGCUGAUCUUGCUGUGCGACUCGUGUGACAGCGGCUACCACACCGCCUGCCUGCGGCCGCCUCUCAUGGUCAUCCCGGACGGAGAAUGGUUCUGCCCGCCCUGUCAGCAUAAGCAGCUCUGCGACAAACUGGAGGAGCAGCUGCAGAACCUCGACGCCUCAUUGAAGAAGAAGGAACGGGCCGAGAGGAGGAAGGAGCGGCUGAUUUAUGUGGGAAUCAGUGUUGAGAACAUCAUCACGCCUUCUGUGGAAGUGGAGCAAGAAAAACCUGAGGUCGUCAUCAAGGAGAAGAAAGAAGCAAAGCGGAGUAAGAGCUGGGGUCGCAGAUCGACGAGGGCCAAGAAAACCAUCAGCUACAGAUUUGAUGAAUUUGAUGAAGCAAUCGAGGAGGCCAUUGAGGAAGACAUCAAAGAAGCAGAAGGUGGAGGAGCCGGUCGGGGUAAGGACAUGGCAAACAUCACAGGCCACAGAGGCAAGGACAUCUCCACCAUCCUGCAGGCGGAGGAAGGGAAGGAGAACGGCCGGCCGCCGCGACCCAACGCCGCCCAGCGCAGGAAGAAGCGCCGGCGACUCAACGACCUGGACAGCGACAGCACUGUGGACGAAGAGGAGAGCGAGGAAGAGUUUCGCCUCAGUGAAACCUCGGAGGAAGAGUUUGUCGUGUCCGACAACGAGACAGAGCCGGAAACGGAGGCGGAGUCGAACGGCAGCGACCACGGCGGGCGGCGCCACUCGUCGUCGUGGAGAAGGAGGCCGCAGAAACGCAGGCAGAGCUCCAGGAAGAGGAGGAGACCCAAAUGGUACUCGGACGAUGAAGAGGAAGAGACGGAUGAUGAAGUGGAGGAGGACGACAUUGAGACGGAACGGUCGAGUGACUACAGCGACAGCGACCUGGACAUGAGUCGGCGGCGGUCCCGGCGGAGCCACAAGAAGGAGGUGAACUACUGCGAGACGUCGGGGUCCGAAGGCUCUCAGGGUGGAACCAACCGGGCCAAGAUGAAACCCAGGCGGUACCAGGACAGCUCUGACAGCGACGCGAGUUUCUCCAGAGACUCUGAAGACGAGUCGAAGGACCUGAAGGUGAAGCGACGAGUCGAUUCCUCAGAAGACGACUCCCGGCAGCGGUGCAGGCGGCUGGCGCUGAAACGCAGGCGAGCGUCUCGAGACUCUGACUCUGACUCUGACUCAGACGACUCUUCAGAGGAGGAUCGACCCAUACGAAAGCGAGUGAACCGCAUCGACUCAGAUGACGACGAUGAGGAGGAGGAGGAGCAGCAGGAGGAAAAGCCUAAGGAGACGAAGGUGGAGGAGGAAGAGAAGGAAGAUUCAAAGGGAACAAACUCGUUGGACCGCCACACGGCAGAGAAGCAGCCCGCAAACGGACAGAGCGAGACGAAGAACUUGGACGGCGUCGCAGCUCCACACCUGGAGACGCCUAAAACUGUGAGUUCCACACCGGCCGCCCCGAACGGACUGGCAGGACAGGAAAUGGUGGCACAGGACGACGACGAGGACGACCUGUUGGGAGUCACAGACUUGGUGGACUACGUCUGCAAUAAUGAACAAUUGUAAAAAUGGUGUACCUUUUAUUAUUUUUUGUGGUAUUGUAUUUUUAUAUUGCUUAACUUUAUUAUUCCCUCCCCCUUCCAACAGUGGUUGUUGUUUUUAUUUCGACAUGGAGCUUCAUUCUCGGCGCCAACGCAUCAUCAGAUCCUCCACUGCCAAACCCGUCAUCAUUUUUCCUCCCAGCUUUUUUUCUUUUUUGUAGAUUUGAAUCUGUUGAAGCACUAACAUACAUUUAUAAAAUCUGGCACUGAAACAGUUUGUAUUUUGAACAUUUGGUUACUGUUAGAUUGCUUGUCUUACCUAAAGUAUCAUUCCAUACUAAGGCUGCACCGUCAAUCAACCAGCUUUCUGGUUGAUUGAUGAUCUUUGAAAAGCCUGAGCUGCUGAUGCUGAUCUUCGUUUUUUUUUUUUUUUUUUGUUUUGUUUUGUUUUUUUCUUUUCCAUAACUGACGCUGUAUCAGUCGCUAAGUUGAUAACAGUGGGGUGGAGUUGGACAGUAGAGGUGAGAAUAUUUUAUGACUUUUAUGCCAAUUUUUGGGGCCAUGAUUCAAUUCAAAUUCAAAACGAUUAUUGGUGGUGAUUUCUGUUUUAAUCUCAUGAUCUACUCCAGUCUACUUUGCAAUUCAGAAACACAAACUGAGAACCGCGUUUUAACAAAAUGGAGGCUGAAAGACAGAUUUGUUUUUGUCGGUUUUGGAACAUUUUAGAUCAAUUCUGAAUCAUUAGUAAGUGAUAAAUUGGAAUUCUUAUGGAAAUCAAUGUUUUUGUUUAACAUCUCCAGUAAAUAUGAUUGGUUUCACAUGCAAGUGACGGCCGAUUUAUCUGUUCACCAGCUUUUCCACUGGAACAUACAUGAUUGCAAAGUCUUUUAGGGAUUUUUAACAUUAACGAUUAAAUAUUUGAAUUUGCUCAAGCUUUCCAGCCUACAAUGUUUGGCUUAAAUAAUAUUUCCACAGAAAUUAAAGCUUCUAAUUUGCGAACUGCAAGUUUACUGUAAAGUUGCAGCUAGUUGUUUGAAAAUCUAACCCCUAAUGGCAGUCCAGGUGUAUUUCGGGGGGAUUUGUAAGUUAAAAUGUGUUCUAAAUAUCUAAAAGGAAGAAAUUUUAUUCAAAUAAAUACGCCCAGUUGAAAUUUUGUUUUUAGCUUGCAAAAAUAAAUGUUUUCUUGUACAGUGGAGUUUUGAUUUCUUGGCUUUGUCCUGUUUUUGGCUGGUAAAUUGUUCUCUGUAAAUUACAUAUGGAAUAAGCUAACCCUUAAAACAGCUGGAUGACGCCAGCCAGCAUCUGGAAAUCUGUGUUCUCUUUUCCCACCAUCCGUUUUCCAUCCAUCUCGUGUUCAAGGUGUGAAUGUAUCCGAGUGACCAACCUGUAUUUUUUUUCACCCCUCCCUUCUUUUUGAACUUUUGUAUUUGAGUAAUAGCGUAGAUUUUUGUACAUUGUAUACAUUGUGUAAUUAUUUGCAUUGUGUAUUGCCAUCAGCACCAGUGGUGAGCUCUCUGUUAUUGAGAAUUGUUUUGAGGAAAUGAAAGUUAAACUAUUGUCCCUCCUAAUCCUCAGAUCUUGCAGUGUCUUCAUAUUUCAUUUAUUUUAUGUAUUUUUUUUAUUUGUAUAUCUAAACCAUUGAGUAAAAAUGUAAAGUUUCUUAUUUUUAUGUACAUUGCCCCUCAUUGCACGUUUAAAAUCAUGCAGCUCCAUAGUAACGUUAUUUUCCUCACUCUUCUUCUCCAGAUCUUCCAGGACUUCUUUUUUCAUAAUCUUGAACUCGAGUCGGGUUUUCUGGAUUUAUCCCCAAAGGUUCAAAAUUAUGACAAAAAUCUGUGUAAUAAGCAGCUUGGAAGUAGAACUGAGAAGUUUUUCACAGGAGGAAUGGACAUAAAAAAUUAAAACCAAUGACUAUACU